AUGUUGACAACACCCGCCGCUGCCACCUGGCGGCCGGGGCCGCAACCCACCACGCCAACACCGGCCCCAACACUCCCUACACCUCUAUCUCACACCGGCCCCAACACUCCCUACACCUGUAAGGACCACGCCAACACCGGCCCCAACACUCCCUACACCUGUAAGGACCACGCCAACACCGGCCCCAACACUCCCUACACCUGUAAGGACCACGCCAACACCGGCCCCAACACUCCCUACACCUGUAAGGACCACGCCAACACCGGCCCCAACACUCCCUACACCUGUAAGGACCACGCCAACACCGGCCCCAACACUCCCUACACCUGUAAGGACCACGCCAACACCGGCCCCAACACUCCCUACACCUGUAAGGACCACGCCAACACCGGCCCCAACACUCCCUACACCUGUAAGGACCACGCCAACACCGGCCCCAACACUCCCUACACCAGUAAGGACCACGCCAACACCGGCCCCAACACUCCCUACACCAGUAAGGAUCACGCCAACACCGGCCCCAACACUCCCUACACCUGUAAGGACCACGCCAACACCGGCCCCAACACUCCCUACACCAGUAAGGACCACGCCAACACCGGCCCCAACACUCCCUACACCUGUAAGGACCACGCCAACACCGGCCCCAACACUCCCUACACCUGUAAGGACCACGCCAACACCGGCCCCAACACUCCCUACACCUGUAAGGACCACGCCAACACCGGCCCCAACACUCCCUACACCUUUAAGGACCACGCCAACACCGGCCCCAACACUCCCUACACCUGUAAGGACCACGCCAACACCGGCCCCAACACUCCCUACACCUGUAAGGACCACGCCAACACCGGCCCCAACACUCCCUACACCUGUAAGGAUCACGCCAACACCGGCCCCAACACUCCCUAUACCUGUAAGGACCACCCCAACACCGGCCCCAACACUCCCUACACCUGUAAGGACCACGCCAACACCGGCCCCAACACUCCCUACACCUGUAAGGACUACGCCAACACCGGCCCCAACACUCCCUACACCUGUAAGGACCACGCCAACACCGGCCCCAACACUCCCUACACCUGUAAGGACCACGCCAACACCGGCCCCAACACUCCCUACACCUGUAAGGACCACGCCAACACCGGCCCCAACACUCCCUACACCAGUAAGGACCACGCCAACACCGGCCCCAACACUCCCUACACCAGUAAGGACCACGCCAACACCGGCCCCAACACUCCCUACACCAGUAAGGACCACGCCAACACCGGCCCCAACACUCCCGACACCAGUAAGGACCACGCCAACACUCCCUACACCAGUAAGGACCACGCCAACACCGGCCCCAACACUCCCUACACCAGUAAGGACCACGCCAACACCGGCCCCAACACUCCCUACACCAGUAAGGACCACGCCAACACCGGCCCCAACACUCCCUAUACCUGUAAGGACCACCCCAACACCGGCCCCAACACUCCCUACACCUGUAAGGACCACGCCAACACCGGCCCCAACACUCCCUACACCUGUAAGGACCACGCCAACACCGGCCCCAACACUCCCUACACCUGUAAGGACCACGCCAACACCGGCCCCAACACUCCCUACACCUGUAAGGACCACGCCAACACCGGCCCCAACACUCCCUACGAUUAA